AUGAGCAAAUGUGAAUUAAAUGGGCAAGGACAUUCCGUGGCCAGAGCGUCAACAUCCGCCCCGUCCUCUACAACUUCGACAUUAUUAUCUUUAUCUUCAUCUUCGAUACCACCAGCUUCAUCGUCACUGUUGCUUCCAUCAUCCUCAUCGACAUCAUCAUCAGCAUCAGUGAUUCGUGGAGCUAAAUGUGCUGCGCCAUCAUCAUCAUCACCGACAUUACAGGUCACUGAAAGUGGUAGUAACUCCACCAUUUGCGCUGCGACCAAUACAAAUACCAGUGGUAGUUCUGCCUACUAUCACCAUCGUUCUGGACGGAUACUUUGUGAUGGAUAUUUGAGGCUUGUUGAAAUAUUACGUGUCAAUAUCGUUCAACUCCGAAAUUUGCCUAUUCGAAAUAAUCAUGGUAAUGGAAGUAGUAGCAAUCAUAUCAGUAACAACGACCAUGUUCGACCAGUAACAGUGCUAGCACGAUUGGACACUUUCAACAUUUUUCAGUCAACAUCAACUGCUAAUGGAAAUAUAUGCUGUUUUGGCGAUGAUUUUGUUCACGAAAUUUCGAACACUUUUUCGCAGCUGCAUUUUUUAAUAACCGAAAAUGUGGGCAAUCGCUUACCGCGACAAAUUGGUUUAGUGAGUAUACGAAAACGUGAUAUUGUCAAACAUUCCGGUGAGGAUCGCUGGUAUCGAAUACAAGCCAUCAGCAGACAGAAUGAUGUUUCUGGACAAAUUUGCAUAGAUGUACGUUGCGAACCAACCAGGAAAUGUCUCGCUAUAAAGGUAGUGGACUAUACAGGAUUAAAUGUACGUGAACCGGCGGAUCUGUACUUAUUGGUAACACUACAAGUGGCAACGCGAGUUGUGCAAUCCAAAAAGUUGAACAUCGGCAUUAACAGAGAAAGCGCUGAAACAUUGUUCAUGGAAUGUGAUGGAACAAUCCUCGACAAUAAUCAAAGGACACAACGAGUGCAGUUGCGAAUGUCACUUUGGCACGAUGUUUUACCAGGUUUCAACAGUUAUUUUCAAGGACAAAUACGCAUCACUCUUGAUGAUGAUAUAGUCGAAAAGGAAUCCAUUGGCCCUCAAUGGUAUUAUCUGAAACCACGAAUGACUGGUGAUGAGAAUGAUGAUGGGAUUAAUGGUGGCACAAGCGACGUUUCGGCCACUGAGAAUCAGAAUUCAUUAAACGGUUAUCAGCAACUUGGCGAGCUACGCUUGCGACUCUUUUAUACUGCAGAACAUGUGCUACCGCUCGAGUUCUAUAAGCCGUUGCAGAUGAAUCUUGUCAAAUCAUUGACGUUACAACCGUUUUGCGCAUCGCCGGCUGGGAUCCUCGAAUAUUUACCAUCGGUGGAUAUACUAGCAAUUGCCAGACCACUAAUGAAGAUUUUUGUACAGGCUGAACUGAUACGUCCAUUAUUAAGGGUACUUUGCUCCGAUGACAUUCUGAAAUGCCAAGACAUAAAUACUUUAUUUCGAAGUCAGUCGUUGGCAACAAAGAUAAUACAUGAACAAAUGAAAUUUUUUGGGCACCAUUAUCUUGUGACCUCAAUUAAACCUGUUAUUGACAUGAUUUAUUGUGAGCGUAAAUGUUGCGAGAUUGAUCCAAUGAAGCUAAAGCAAAACGAUAGUUUGGAAUCGAAUAAGCUAAAUCUGAUAGUGUAUGGUGAGAUAGCAUUCUCACGAGUAGUCGAUUCAAGUCACCGUUGCCCGUUAGUGCUGCGCGAAAUGUUUUCCGAUUUACGAGAACUUGCAGCGAAGCAUUUUCACGGUCGAGAAGAUGUCCAACGAUUGGUGCUUAGUUCCUUCAUUAUUAUGCGUUUCUUUGCGGCUGCUCUUAUGAAUCCGAAAUCGUUCGGACUCAAACGAGAUCAACCAGAAGGUGUUGUUUGUCGUACACUAGUACUCCUGUCAAAAAUACUUCAACGACUGUCGAAUUGCGUUGUUUCUGCAAAUUCACUCACUGAAAAAGAGCCAUGGCUUUCAUCAGUUCUCGAGAGGUUCACAGAUGAACAACAUCGGCUCGCAAUGUUGAAGUUUCUUAACACGAUAUCAAUGACAGAGAAUGCCACAGAUGUUAAUGGUGAAAAUCUCUCAGUCGUUCGCGACGGGUUUUUUAUCGAAAGAAAAAUCCGAGAAAAGCGUCGAAUACUGCGAAACUUAGUGAAUCAGAAGCGACGAUAUGUCGUACUAACUGAAAAUGAGAUUUGCUGGCAAAAAACGAAAGCAGAUGCAGAACCGAAAGGCCGAAUGAGACUCCAAGAAGUGAACCAAAUAGAGCCGGUGGUAGAUGCAAAAAAUGUCUUCAGGAUAGCAUCACCGGACUGUGAAAUCCAAUUUCAAGCACCGAGCACGGUUGAAAUGAAUGAAUGGAUAGUACAAAUCCAAAAACAGCGCAAGCGGCAACUUAUGAUCGCCUUGCGUACGAGCGAAUCGAACGAUGCAUUUGAAAUAGAUACUGAACGAGAACUUGAGGCAAUUCAUGCGAUACUUUAUGAAAAUGCGGAAACAAUAAAGCAGUGGAAGAAUGUAUUGGAAGGGACGGAGAUUCCGAAUGGACAUUCAUGCAUACCGAGUGCAUUACAGGAUCAGUUGAAAAAUAGUGAAAAUCCGGAACAAGCGAAGCAGCUAUUUUAUAGCAGUCUUCAAGAAAUUUUGCAUAGCACUUUAUUGAUCGAAAAGUCACAUGAUGAAAUUCUUAAUCGCUUCAUCAAACAGAUUCGUUAUGGUAAAGGAACACGGGAACUUCCAAUCGGUGAUGAUAAUUAUUUGCUAUUAAAAUCACGAUUUCAUAAAAGCAUUGAUGAGAUCUGAUAUCAGUUGAAGAGUUGAAGACAGGAAUAGAAAGAAGAGAAAAAGAGACGAGUUACUAAGAACGAUCGACGCAGUAAGGCAAUUGUAAGAGCUAUUCUCGAACUCAGGAAACAAACCAAAUUUUGCGAAAAUGCCUUAUUGUCUCUGCUAUGGUUUUUACAUAUUAUUUUUCUUCGAAGUUUUGUAAUUUAUUUGUUUUUCAAGGGUCUUUAUUCUUUCAAGGUGCUUGAGCAUUGUUAUCAUUAUUUCUCUUAAUUUCUCGCUCAAAAUCGUUCCCUGGCGUUUAGGUCUGGACUUCCUGUUACCG